AUGGUGCUUGGAGAUGACUACACCCCUCCAAAGAAUAUAGUUCCGGAUAUCAUGCCCUUUUGCUGCCAGUGGAUACUCUCGGUACUGAACAAAGCCAUAUCCAAAACUGUGUCAUCUCUUGAUUCAUAUGAUUUUUCAGAUGCAGCCAGUGCAGUAUAUUCAUGGUGGCAGUUUCAACUAUGUGAUGUUUUUAUCGAAGUAAUCAAGCCUUACUUUGCUAGUAGUGAUCCAACAUUUGCUUCUGCAAAGACGUCUGCACAAGACACCUUGUGGGUAUGUCUGGAUAAUGGGCUACGGUUACUUCAUCCAUUUAUGCCCUAUGUUACAGAAGAAUUGUGGCAACGGCUUCCUACUAGGAGUGGUUGUACAAGGAAGGAAUCUAUCAUGAUAUGCGAGUAUCCUUCAGUUGUGGAGGUGAGAUGUAGUUGUAUUUUUGGAAAGUUUAACGAAAAGUUUACUAAUACGACCUUGGGUAGCAUUGACAUUUACUGA